GAGAGCAAAUGGCUCGUGUCAGACCUCCCCUCUCUCUCCCCACAGGACUGUGUGCAGCUCAAUCAGUACAAGCUGAAGGAUGAGAUUGGGAAGGGCUCCUACGGGGUGGUGAAACUGGCCUACAACGAGGACGAUAACACCUACUAUGCAAUGAAGGUUCUCUCCAAAAAGAAGCUGAUGAGACAGGCAGGCUUCCCCCGCCGCCCACCUCCUCGAGGGGCCAAAGCUGCCUCCGAGGGCUGCCUGCAGCCCAGAGGGCCUAUUGAACAGGUCUACCAGGAGAUUGCCAUCCUGAAGAAGCUGGACCACCCCAAUGUGGUGAAACUGGUGGAGGUUCUGGAUGACCCCAGUGAGGAUCACCUGUACAUGGUGUUUGAACUGGUGAAGCAGGGCCCUGUGAUGGAAAUCCCAACCCUGAAACCUCUCAGUGAGGACCAGGCUCGGUUCUACUUCCAGGAUCUGAUCAAGGGCAUUGAAUACUUGCACUAUCAGAAGAUAAUCCAUCGGGAUAUUAAACCCUCUAACCUCCUUGUGGGGGAAGAUGGGCACGUCAAGAUCGCUGACUUUGGAGUGAGCAACGAGUUCAAGGGAGCUGAUGCCCUCUUAACCAACACAGUGGGCACUCCUGCCUUCAUGGCCCCGGAGACACUUUCAGAAACCAGGAAAAUCUUCUCUGGGAAGGCUUUGGAUGUCUGGGCCAUGGGGAUCACACUGUACUGCUUCGUGUUUGGGCAGUGCCCUUUUAUGGAUGAAAGGAUCCUGAGUUUACACAAUAAAAUCAAGACCCAAACACUGGAGUUCCCAGACCAGCCGGAAGUUACAGACUUCUUGAAGGAUUUGAUUACAAGGAUGUUGGAUAAAAAUCCUGAAUCUAGGAUUUCAGUCCCAGAAAUCAAGUUGCACCCUUGGGUCACCAAGAACGGAGCGGAGCUGCUGCCCACAGAGGAUGAGAACUGCACCCUCAUUGAGGUGACGGAGGAGGAGGUGGAGAAUUCAGUCAAACACAUCCCCAGCCUGGCCACAGUGAUCUUGGUUAAAACGAUGAUCCGGAAGAGAUCCUUUGGGAACCCGUUCGAGGGGAGCAAGAAGGAGGAGAGGUCGUUGUCUGCCCCUGGGAACCUGCUGCCGAAACAAGGCAGUGAAGAUAAUCUGAAAUGCAACGACUUGCCCAAUGUGGGAGAGGAGGAACUUCUUUUGUGAACAUUGACUUUAUGUUCUGUUGAGCAACUCAGUCCAGGGCACGUUGUAAUGUGUGCAGCUGGGGAUGAGCAACGUUAACAGAACCCGCAGCAAACACAGCAUGACACGGCACUAUCUCGGUAUAAUGCUGG